CGCAUGCGCAGAUCUCUACUCUUAUUAAUAUUUAAUGGAAGAUGGCUGCGUUUCUUAACUAAACCGCCGGAGCUGAGAAAUAAAGCAACCCCGCAGGACGGAGACGUUUUCCCGGCCUCACAUCGAACCGAUUCGAUGUGUUUGACUUCACGCUGAGCCGAACCGAGCCGUGAAGUGAAAGAGAAGUGAGGAAAAUGGAUCGACUCCCGCUUUGAUGGAUGAAAGAUCGUUUUUCUCCUCUGCUCCGAGAUCAGCGAACAAUCGAGCAAAAGAUGAUGCGCCAGGUGACCACCACUGACUUCUGCAUGAGCAGCAGGCCGUCUUGCCUGGCAGAGGAUGCCCAGCACCCUACUGCUCAUUUCGAACUCUGCACCUCGCAGCCCAACAAGUUCUACCCUCCCCCCCCUCCUACCUCCCUUCAGAUGACACUGGCCCCCAUGGCCUUACCCACCCAGAGCCAUAAGCCGAUGGUGUGUCACAGACAGGAUAUUCUGGGAGGAGACCCACGUUCACCUGGAAAGGUACCUGGCUUAAAAGGCUCAGAGCAAACACCCAAUGAUGCUAAGAAAAAGACCAAAGGUGCUGGGAAGACGGGCAGACGAGGCCGGCCGCUGGGAACCACCAAGCUGGCCGGAUACAGAACCAGCACCGGACGACCCCUUGGCACCACCAGAGCCGCGGGGUUCAAGACGAGCCCGGGAAGGCCGCUGGGCACGACCAGAGCCGCGGGAUACAAAGUAAGCCCUGGACGGCCUCCUGGCAGCAUCAAAGGCCUGUCCAGACUCAACAAACUGGCUUACAGCAGCGCCUGCAGCGGAGCGGCGUUCCCCUACCCAAUACCACACAAAGAAAUCCUCUGUGAACCUUCCUGCAAAGAGAAGCCAGGUAACGAGGAAAGGCUCUGCCCUGUUUCUGCUUCACCCUGAGCUGCUCACAGCUAGAAACACUGCUUCUCCUUGUUGGGCAGAGAUGACAUUUUUUAAAAUAUAUUUGUCUUGCUGUCAUUCUGUGCUCCUGUCACCGGGUUGAUCUCCAGUUUGUUCCUCAGUGCUAACGUUUGAUAUUUCUUAUAGAUUCAUCAAGGGUUUUUCAUGGGAACAAAGAUGGCUGUUCAUUAAGCAGUCACAGUAGCAGCUUCAUUUUAGACUUAUGUGUAGCAUUUUAAAACAAGUUAAGGAAAAUGAAUUUGGGUGUGCAUUGCUGCCAACAAAAGCAACUUUUGAAGAAACGUGGGAAACUGCCUGACCUAAAAAAAAAAAAAGAGUUUUACAUUUUUUCAACAUACUUCUCCUCUUAUCUCUAAUUUUGAUGGUAUAAUUGAUAUAAUAUAUUUGACGAAUAUUAUUUUUUGUUACUCUUAUCAUUUCAAGGAAAUAUUUAAUUGUGUUGUUUGUUGUGUUCUUGCUUGUCUGUUAUAUUCACUUUCAUUAAAGCAAUUUAGAAAUGUUUUAAAAAGUUGCAAAAGGAAAAAAAACUGCAUUGAGGCUGCUGAAAAUGAAGCUAAAAGUUGUUUAGGGGUGAUAAUUCACGACUGGAAUGCCAAAAUUCCUAUCAGUGAAUGAUGUAAUGUCCAUUCGAGACAUAAGUAAAGAUGGCAAAAUCUGCAGCUUAAAUUUGAAUCACUAAAGUUAAUAUUUACAGGGUAAUUUACCCAGAGAGGUGAAAUCAGGACAACCAUUAUCUUAGUGCCGGGAUUUGGAGACCUAUUAAACCGGAACCAUAAGGAGGAAUUCAAAAGCAGUCCGUUACAAACUCAGUCUGUCUUUAAUCUUCAAUGUCUGAUUUUAAACAUUAUGAUUAUUUCAAACUUAAUUGUUGCAUAACAGGACAUAUUUUCAUUUUUGGUAUGUACCAUUUAUCUCUACAUAAUCUGUAUGUGUUUUAUGCAGUGUGUUUAACUUCUUUACAGUAAUAUAGCUG